AUGUCCCCGAAGGGCCUCGGCUGGAUCAUUGUGGACAGUUUGGACACAAUGAUGCUCAUGAAUCUGACCGAGCCCCUUGCUGACGCACGGAACCUCACCUGGAAUCAAGACCAGGACAUCAACACCUUCGAGACGACGAUCUGCAUGAUGGGUGGGCUGCUCUCGGCUCACUACCUAUCCACACAACUACCACAUAUCGCCUCCAAAAGGGAUUCAGUGUAUCUGGCAAAAGCUGUCGACCUCGCAGACCGUCUCUUGGUCGCAUACGACUUCAGUUCAGGUAUAUCUUAUGCCAGUGUCAAUAUUGGGAAGAGGGAAGGAAUCGUUUCUCAUGCGGACGGUGGUGCUUCUUCUACGGCAGAGGCUGCCACUGUUCAGCUCCCCACAGGUGUAAAAGGACCUUUGUCACCAAAGAUGGAUCACCUUGUCUGUUUUCUUCCCGGAACAAUUGCCAUGGCAGUAAGUUCACGAGACCCCUUUCUUGCUCACUUAUCUGACGUUAUGCGUCAGGCCACGGAAGGACGUACCUUAGCCGAGGCACUUCGUGACCCGAAUUGGACCAUACACCAUGAGGGCGACGUUAAACUAGCCAUCGAGAUCAUGGACACAUGCUGGGGCAUGUGUGCUGUUACCGAUACCAGCCUCGCUCCUGAGAUCACUUGGUUCAAUGCUUCCAACGCAGAUCUUCAAUCUCAGCCUGGUGACAGAUGGUUGCGGACGCAAGGCAGCGCCCUAUCGAAGUGGAAGGAAGAUUACACCAUCAAGCCUCUGGAUGCACACAAUCUUCAGAGACCAGAGACGGUUGAGAGUGUCUUCAUGAUGUACCGCAUCACAGGGAACUCAAUUUAUCGCGAGUGGGGCUGGAAAAUCCUCCAAUCUUUUCAAAAGCACACCAUUGUACCUGAUGGAGAGGGGUACACAAGCCUAAACGAUGUGCGAACGGCCCCACCGGAAGCCAGAGACAAUAUGGAAAGCUUUUGGCUGGCUGAAACUCACAAGUAUCUAUACUUGCUGUUCUCGCCAACGGACUGCAUGCCACUAACCGAGGUUGUCUUUAACACAGAAGCCCAUUCAUUUCCGAGAUUCACACCGAAGGGGUCUUUGAAGACUGGCUGGUAA